CUGUUCUGAGCUUAUGUUCCGUUUAUGAUGUCAUCUGCCAUGGCAAUGGUGAGCCACAGGCACCUGCAUGUUGAGAAGCAAUGCUGAAAAUGUCCACAGAAGGAGAAUCUGAUGAAUGAGCUGGUGGCUAAGAGAAGAGAUUAGCAUCAGAGGAAGCAACAACACCCGCCUGACGUGGGUCAGAGGGGCACCUCAGCUGGAAGCGUGGCCUCACAGAAGCAGACAGGAUGGACGUGGGCACCCAGACCCAGCCAGCCUCAGACCGACAAGCAGGUAGCACAAAUCCCAGCAUAGCACAACAGGUAUGGAGGAACUUUUCCUUGAAGUUCCUCAAGCCGCGCCGGCCAGGGACGAAGCCCCGAUCAAAGCCAUCAGAACUACAGGCAAAUAGUCUCAAGGCUCAGAACCCAACACAUGCAGAGCCACAGGGAAGGCAGCAGCUCCACGAGUCCAUGAGAGGAACAGAGAUGACUGGUAACACAAUGAUUUCCACCUCCCACCAUCAGGAGCAGGCUAAGCCUCAGGCCAGCCAAGCAGACCCUACUGCACCAGCAUUGCUAUCCCAAGCUCCAGGCAGCUCCUGCUGCUCUCAUAGGCCUUUGGCAGUGAGCUCACAGACACACCAGACCGAAAGCACAGGACAGCAGCCGCUGCUCUUUAUCUUCAAGCAGCAAAUGCCCCCCCCUGCCAUGGCUGCUGGGGGUCCUGCAGAGCUGAAGCGUUCGGCACCUUUAGAAAUGGAAAUAGUGCCACAGUGCACCCAGCCAGCAUCCAUCUCCAUGCAGCUGACCCCACAAGGGAAUUCUGUCCAGCAGUGUUCGCAGCCCCCAGCUCUGCAAAAUAAGGGCAAGUCGGCUCCAGUCACCUGCCAGCCUUCCAGGGUCAGGCAAGUGCCAGUGGGAGCCAGCGUUUCCCCUCCCUGCCUGGAGAUCAUCUCGCUGAAGGAAGGCUUUGCCAUCAAAACCUUUCCCAGGUGCAGCCAAAGCUGUUCGCCUGCAGACCCCAACAGAGCCCACACUGAGCCUCUGCCAAGGGUUACCAAGGCACAGAGCACUCCUGCGAGAAGCCGAGCACCAAGGUCUGUGCCCCUGCCUGGAGCCGAAUGGGUACACAAAAUCCUGUAGUGAGAAAUCUUCCCCAUCCAGCACCUGGUUCCUGUGAGGGCAUCACAGCUUGAAGCACACAGCAGCUCUGCUCCAGCCAGUUCACGUUUUAAGGAUGCUUCCCCCCCAUUCAUUUAGUAAACACAAUGAAUGUUUA